AUGGGCAGACGAGGAGGGGCCCCCGCAUCUUUAGGGGCCCCCGGCACUGCAGCAGCAGCAAGACGCCGGCCUAAGCAGCAGCAGCAGCAGCAGCACCACAUCAAGGCCGCCACCAGUCCCGCUCUUGCCGCUCCGAGUUGCAUGCACAAGCCGCAUGAGCAGCAGCAACCGCAGCAGCAUACUCAGCAACUGGAGCAGCUGCAGCAGCAGCAGCAAAUUCAAGUCUCAACUCUUGAGGCUAUGACGCUGCAGCCGGGUGGAUGGCGCCUUCAGCUGUACGUACAGUCUACGCAGCCCCUCCCCCCAGACACCAUGCUUGCUGCUUACCCGCUGCAGCAGCAGGAAUUGCAGCAGCAGCAGCAGUUGCAGCAGCACCAUCUCCUGCAUCAAGGAGGCUCUUGUAUAGGGGCUCCCAUUGCCGUGGGCUCCGCGAGAGAGGUCCCAGCUUCGGAGCAGCAGCAGCUGCUGCAACAGCAGCAGAUGCAGCAGCAGCAGCUGCAGCAGCAGCAGCAGCUGCAGCACCAGCAGGAGUCGUUGGGAGAAGAGUCUGUCUUCGCUUUCUUCUCGCAUGCCAUUUGCGAGUCUCUUAGGUCUUAUGCUGCUUCCGGAGCAGCAGCAGCAGCAGCAGCAGCAGAACUGCAUCCUCUGCUGCUGCUGGGGGUGGCAGCCGGCUGCGCAUCCUCUGCUGUCGCUUGGGCUAUAUACCGCAGCACCCGCAGCAGCAGCAGCAGAUGCAUAGGCCCCUGCUGCGAAGGUUCGUAUCAGCAGGGGGUCCCUAGGAGGGGCGUUAGGGGUUCGUCAGCUGCUGCAGCGCAGCAGGCAGCAGCAGCAGCAGCAAGUAGGCAUGCUGCUGCUGCUGAUCGUGCUGCUGCUGUUAUGUCUGCUGCACAGCUCUGGCAGGCGCAGCAGCAGCAACAGCAGCAGCAAAUGGAGGCGCACAGGCCCCGUAAGAGGGGAGCAGCAGCAGCAGCAGCAGCUGCUGCUGCUGCUGCUGGAGGUGCGGGUGUUGUUCCUAGUCAAGUAAUCUAUGAUAAUGUGUGGCUGCCAGCGGAGAGUAGCUGGUAG